AUGCUGGCCGCAUCAGUCUCUCUCCAGUACAUGUCUGUGCAGAUGGUAGAAGCCUCAUCUGGUUCCGCAUGGGCGUUCUCCACCAUGGCCGCGGUUACCGCCAUUUUUGUCAUCACUCCACGAGCGUUGUGGAAGAAGAUGGCCCAGAUCUUGCAGAAGGUAGCCAAGGUUGCCAUAGCAGUCGGCUCUUCCGUCUAUGCAGCAGUCACUUGGCCAUGGCCCAGAGUUCUCUAUGGUGUGCAGACCUUUCUUCAGCUGCCUCCCUUGGUGUGGAUGUACGAGGUCGUCGUAUACCCAUCCUGGCAGAUCCUGAGCCCACUUUUCAAGCCCAUCGCAACAGCCAGCAUUGCUUGCGCCAGUUUCCGUAGCUUGCUGGCGCUGAUGGGUGGCGAUGUUACAGCCGCAGAG